CAUAAUCCGCUCGUUAAUGUUGACAGUGUUGCGACACGAGCGAUUUUAACUGACCUAUGCAGGGCAUCGGCCACUGUCACACACAUUUCAGCAGAGCCUGUGUGUGUUUAAUCGCACGCUGUGUUUUAAGAAGCGGUUGUACGGCGGUCAGGCCGGACGCAGGAGAAUGGGAUUCCCGGUGUAGAUGGAGAGAAACCAAGCGGGUGGAGAAGCGGUGCUGCUGUAAAUAAUUCAACAUCGGCGCGUUCAACGAAAAUGCAUCUGCACCAGGUGCUGACGGGGGCCGUUAACCCGGGGGACUGCUGCUACUCCGUGGGAAGCGUCCACGACGUCCCUUUCACGGCGUAUGGUUCAGGAUGUGAUAUUGUGAUCCUCGCAAGUGAUUUUGAGUGUGUUCAGAUCAUUCCUGGAGCUCAGAACGGGAACAUCCAGGUGGGCUGUGUGGAAUGCUCUCAACUGCUCGGACGGAUUGCUGCUUCUUAUGGAAAUACUGUGUGUAUUUUCGAACCAAUUGCUUCCAACCCAAAAAAACGUCACAAGCAACUCAUUUACCAAUGGCAGAAGACCGGUCAGUUCUUUCUCAAUGCUAUAACCUACAAUCUGGCCUGGGACCCCCAAGGUAAUCGUAUCUUGGCAUCCACUGAGUGUUUGCAGUUGUGGGCUCCUCCCACCAGUGACGUGCUGAUAGAGGAAGAUGACAGUCAUCUGACUGAUGACAGAGCUCAUGAACUUGUACUCAGUGACUGGAAAUGUGUCUGGCAGUGCAAGACUGCUGCUGCUGUCCAGAUCACUAAAUGGUCUCCUGAUGGAGAAUACUUCGCAACCGCUGGCAAGGAUGACUGUUUGCUUAAGGUCUGGUAUCCGACCACAGGCUGGAAGUCUGCAGUGGUGAUGCCAGAUGUAGUGGAUAAAAAGGCUCCAGCGGUUCAUUUCUCAUUCGUGUAUCUGGCUCAUCCGCGUACAGUCACAGGAUUCUCGUGGAGGAACACUAGUAAAUACAUGCCCAAGGGCUCAGUGUGUAACGUGUUGUUGACGUCCUGUGCGGAUGGCAUCUGCCGUGUGUGGAGCGAGACCCUUCUGCCCGAGGACAGUCUGCUGGGGGGGCAGAUCUCUGACAACAGCACCAGCUUCAGCUCGUCUCUGCCAAACACCGCUCAGAAAGACAAGAUACAGCACGCUCUGGAGUCUAUCCACCACCUCAAGCACCUGCGCAGGGGUCGCAGAAGAUCAUCUGCACUGGUGGCCCACACUGAACUGCUGCCCAGCCAGAUGGGCUCCCACGAAACCCACCGGCACAUCUCGCACCACGCCAACGCCCUCUGCCACUUCCACAUCUCUGCCAGCAUCAACCCUAACACAGAUAUCCCCGCAGCGCUGGCAGGAUCGGGCCUGUUCUCUGAGGACGUAACUGGAGGUUUUGUGGUUCACUGGCUGAAUAAUAAAGAUCUAAGUUUCACCACCUCCAUGGAUCUGUUCAUGCAACAGCUGCACAAACUCUCUGAGCAGCACCUGGAACAGGUUACUGAAGACUUGGAGCAGGACACGAUGGCCAAGUUUGACUUUGAUCUGGAUGACAUGUCUGAUAAGGGCUCGUCAGAGCAUGAGGAGGCAGAUCAGGAGGGCAGCACUAAAGCCUCGUCUCCAGGUUCCAACAGCAGUGUUCACCUGCCUUCAGUUCUGCUGGAGCGCAAGCUGGAAGCUCUCAUCUUAGAGUGGAACAAGAGUCCUGACAUGCUCUUCACCAUCCACCCUCACGACGGCUCAUUUCUCGUCUGGCACGUCAAAUACCUGGAUGAGUUUAUACCUGGAAUCUUCAGACAGGUUCAGAUAUCGUUCUCAUCUCGUAUCCCUGUGGCGUUCCCCACGGGUGAUGCUAACUCCCUCAGUAAAAAUAUCAUGAUGUAUGCAUGCACAUUUACAGAGCAGGACAGCUACAGCACUCUGGAGGAGAAGAGAAGCGAGCGGCUUGUUGCUCAGAGCACGUCUGCAUCUGCGGGGCUCUGCUCUCUCGGACACUCUCUCGCCGCUGUCAUUGGCCCUGCCGUCAUGAUGGUGUCCAAACACGUGGACGGCUCGCUCAACCAAUGGGCUGUCACGUUUGCGGAGAAGUCCGCCUUUUCAAACGUCCUCACUGUCUCCCACAAGUUCCGUUACUGCGGACACCGUUUCCAUCUCAACGAUCUGGCUUGCCACACGGUUCUUCCUUUGCUGCUGACAUCAUCGCACCACAAUGCGUUGUUGACUCCAUCCUCUGGGCCUGGGAGCAUUGAUGGAGAUCAGAAUGGGGACGUGGCUCUGCAGCAUGUACAGCCAAUGAGAAACGUUCCACGGAAACAAAUGCGGAAUGCAGCCACACGUACAUUCCAUGACCCAAAUGCGAUCUACAGUGAGCUGAUCCUCUGGAGAGUCGAUCACAUCGGCCCACUUUCCUGCACGGGGGGCGUGUCCGAACUAGCGCGAAUCAACUCGCUCCACACUUCUGCUUUCUCCAAUGUGGCCUGGCUGCCUACACUCAUUCCCAGCUCUGUGCUUGGAACGUACUGUAACUCAGCAAGUGCAUGCUUUGUGGCGUCUGACGGUAAAAGCCUGCGUCUGUAUCAGGCCGUGGUGGACGCCCGCAAACUUCUGGAUGAACUCUCUGACCCAGAGACUUCAAAACUGGUGGGCGAAGUGUUCAGCAUUGUCAGUCAGCAGUCCACUGCCCGACCCGGCUGCAUCAUAGAGCUGGAUGUCAUAACUAACCAGUGUGGUUCAAACACACAGCUGCUCCACGUGUUCCAGGAGGAUUUUAUUCUAGGAUACAAACCACACGAAGACUUUCCAGAUUUCAACAGUACUAGCUUUCCCUCUGCAGAAGAGUACCAGCCCCCUCCUUUCUCGGAGAAGUUCUUCCUGGUGGUGAUUGAGAAGGCUGGGAAUCGUAACUCUGUGUUGCAGAUGUGGCAUCUUCAUCUGCGCUCAGAACAGGCGUGUGUGGAAGAGCCAGUCAAUGACUGCGUGUUCCAGAACCAGCUGACGGUUCCUGUGAGUCUGAACAAUGCUGACUCAUCCCCUGACAUUACACCGGGUCAUACUCCACUGCCUCGCUCCUCCUCUUCAGCCAACCUGCAGUCUGCCAGCAAACUCAUCCUCAGCUCUAAACUUGUGUACAGUCAGCGGCUAGACCUGCCGCCAGGGGUGGAGCUUAUCAGAGCCACACCCUCUGCAGGUCACUUGAGCUCCUCAUCAAUCUACCCUGUAUGUUUGGCUCCGUACCUGAUUGUGACCACCUGUUCUGAUGGGCGUGUCCGGUUCUGGCGCUGUGGGGUUGAUAUGGACUUGUCAGCACCGAACCCAGAAGGGACACAUUCAUACUGCUGGGAGCCCUGGAGCCUCUUAAAAGAUGAAGAAGACAACGACAGCUCUGUGUCAGUAGCGGGCCGCCCUGUCGCGGUCAGCUGCUCUUACUCUGGCCGACUUGCGGUAUCGUUUAAACAGUUGACGCCUGGGAAUGAAAUCAGGGUGUCUAAGGACUUCUCCAUGCUUGUUUCAAUCUACGAGUGCGAGUCGACAGGCGGUUCAGAGUGGGUUCUGGAACAGACCAUUCACCUUGAUGAUUUUAGCAAACCUGCGAGAACUCUGGAUCCUCGUGUUAGCGUCGAUAGCAACUUGGUUGUGUAUAGCAAGUCGGAUCUGUUUGUAACCAAAGAUAGUCCCAAUAUCAAGCACUUUGUGCACCUUGAUUGGCUGUCUAAAGAAGAUGGGUCACACAUCUUGACGGUUGGGGUUGGAUCCAACAUCCUUAUGUACGGACGCAUCUCAGGGGUUGUCACCGAGCAGACAGGAGUAAAAGAUGGCAUGGCGGUAACCCUGCCUCUAGGGGGCAGUAUAAAGCAGGGCAUUCGCUCUCGCUGGGUGUUACUGAGGUCCGUAAACCUUGUCUCUUCCGUAGACGGCACCCCGUCACUUCCGGUGUCUCUGUCCUGGGUGCGUGAUGGCAUCCUGGUGGUGGGCAUGGACUGUGAGAUGCAGGUUUACGCUCAGUGGAGGCAGGAUGAAAAACCAGGAGUCUCCGAGGACAACAGUGUAUCCUCGCCAGAUGGCGUCGGAGGUCGCUUGGUUUCUGUGUUAAAUGAGGGUCGAGGGCGAUCUAAGAGUGUCUUCGAGAGCAAUGCAGGAAUCGACGAUGCAUUUCGUCCCCCUGCCGUGAUUCAAGAUGGCGGUUUGUUUGAGGCAGCACAUUCGUUGUCACCCACCCUGCCACAGUACCACCCGACCCAGCUGCUGGAGCUGAUGGACCUCGGAAAAGUACGACGGGCCAAGGCCAUUUUAGCUCACCUGGUCAAGUGCAUUGCCGGUGAAGUUGCAGUGGUAAGAGAUGUGGAGGCGGGUGAGGGCGGAGCUAGAAGACAUCUAUCCCGAACCAUCAGCGUUACGGGCAGCACUGCAAAGGACACUAUAGUUGCUGGGCGAGAUGGUGGGCGAGAUUACACCGAAAUCAACUCCAUCCCACCGCUUCCUUUAUAUGCCCUGCUUUCUGCUGACUUGGACACCUCUUACAAAGCGGGAGAGGAGGUGGGAAAAACCGGAAAGGGGGUGGAGCGCGAGAGGCAGAAACAACCAGAGGAGCAGUAUGCCGAUCUGUUUCAGGUGCAGGCCGUGACCACCGAUGAUUUUGUGAGCUUCGCUGCAGACAAACCAGAGAAAAAGUCUCGCGUGAUUAACCUGUCACAGUAUGGCCCCACGUACUUCGGCCCCGAGCACGCACAAGUGCUGUCUUCACAUCUCAUGCACUCUAGCCUGCCAGGACUCACACGCCUUGAGCAGAUGUUCCUUGUGGCUCUCGCUGAUACUGUGGCAACAACCAGCGCAGAAGUGGGAUCUACAGAUAAGAAGUACACAGGUGGAGAGGCUCUAGACGAAUGUGGUCUACGUUAUUUGUUAGCCAUGAGGUUGCACACCUGUCUGCUGACCUCAUUGCCCCCUCUCUAUAGGAUACAGCUUCUGCAUCAAGGUGUGUCCACGUGUCACUUUGCUUGGGCGUUUCACUCUGAAGCCGAGGAAGAGAUGCUGAACAUGAUUCCAGCCAUGCAGAGAGGUGAUCUACAGUGGUCUGAGCUCAGAGCAGUGGGCGUCGGCUGGUGGAUCAGAAAUAUAAACACCCUCAGACGCAUGGUGGAGAAGGUGGCUAAAGCAGCGUUUCAGAGGAAAAAUGAUCCACUGGAUGCAGCUCUGUUCUAUCUGGCUAUGAAGAAGAAGGCUGUUCUCUGGGGUCUUUUCAGGUCUCAACACGAUGAGAAAAUGACCCAGUUUUUCAGUCAUAACUUCAGUGAGGACCGCUGGAGGAAGGCAGCUUUAAAGAAUGCUUUCUCUCUCCUCGGAAAACAGCGCUUUGAGCAAUCCGCCGCAUUCUUCCUGCUCGCCGGAUCCCUAAAAGAUGCCAUCGAGGUUUGUCUGGAGAAGAUGGAGGACAUCCAGCUUGCGAUGGUCGUGGCUCGUCUGUACGAGGCCGAUUACGAGAGCUCCUCCACCUGCAAGGCUAUCCUGCACGAGAAGGUUCUCGGCUGCAACAGUGAUGGAAGCGGCUUCUCCUGUACUAAACUGCACCCUGACCCGUUCCUGAGGAGUAUUGCAUACUGGAUCAUGAAGGACUACACCAGAGCCCUGGACACACUGCUGGAGCAGAUUCACAAAGAGGAUGACCAGAACCCUGAUGUGCUGGUUAAAUCCUGUAACCCUGUCGUCUUCAGUUUCUAUAACUAUUUGCGCACACAUCCUCUGAUCAUUCGCCGGCACUUCGCCAAACCCGAUGCUUCUCUGGCUGCGGUCAGUAUAACAUCAGAACGCAACAGCGCUGAUGAAAUCAACCUGAUUGAGCGGAAACUCUUCUUCACCACUGCUAAUGCUCACUUCAAGGUGGGCUGCCCACUCCUGGCUCUCGAAGUCUUAUCCAAGAUCCCAAAGGUCGCUAAGAAAGCGUUAUCUCUGAGUAAUGGCUCGUCCGUAGCUAACGUCAGUGCCGCAAAUCCGCUGGAGAAUGGAGGUAAGAUGGUAGAUCUAGACUGGGGCGCUCCUGCUGCCCCGAGUCAGGCCUGGGGAGCGGACUCUUUAGCCGGGCUGGACUGGAGUCAACCAAUGGUUAAAAUGGAGAAUGAAGGACUACAGCUGGACUGGGAUGAUGAUAAAGAGGAAGAUGAGGAUGAGGAGGGUGGGCUCACAAUGAAGAAACCAGAGGCUGGGGAUGAGGAGGCCAAAAAGCCAUCUAAAGGGUCGGCCCUACAGCACCAGGACUCGGCGGGUAAAUCAGAGGUGGAUGUGAUCGCAGAACAGCUGAAGUUUAGAGCCUGUUUGAAGAUCCUGAUGACGGAGCUGCGGACACUGGCAACGGGAUACGAGGUGGAUGGUGGAAAACUGCGAUUUCAGCUCUACAACUGGUUGGAGAAGGAGAUUGAGGCCAUUCACCUUAUCUGCAACUAUAAGGUUGAGGGAAAGACAGCUGUAGGUCAGCUGGAGAAAUGGGGUGGGGAUGGAUCUCUGGACCUGGAGGACUCUCUGAUCCGAGGUGAUGCAGGUACGUAUGAACGACACCAGAUGGAGCGUCGGCGUCUGCAGGCCAAACAGCUGCAUGCGGAGCGGAGGAAAGCCUGGCUGAGGAAGAACCAGGCCCUUCUCAGAGUCUUCCUUAGUUACUGCAGUCUUCACGGGGCCAAGGGUGGAGGAGUGACCUCCGUCAGGAUGGAGUUAUUGUUCCUGCUACAGGAAUCACAGCAGGAAAUGACAGUGAAGCAGCUUCAGUCACCCCUCCCCCUUCCCACCACUCUGCCCCUGCUGUCGGCCAGCAUCGCCCCCACAAAGACCUUCAUCGCCAACCCCGUAAUGCACCUUAACAACCACAUACAUGACAUCCUCUACACUAUCGUCCAGAUGGAGGCGCCGCCACACCCAGACAUACUGGACGACCGGGUAAAUGCUCUUCACACACUCGCUGCAUCUCUGUCAGCUUGUAUCUACCAGGCGCUGUGUGACAGCCACAGUUACAGCAGUCAGUCAGAGGCCAGUCAGUUCACAGGGAUGGUGUAUCAGGGGCUGUUACUGAGCGACAGGCGUCGACUUCGCACAGAGAGCAUCGAGGAACAUGCCACGCCCACCUCUGCUCCUGCACUGUGGCCGGGUGUGUCGUCUCUUAUUAGUCUUUUGGCGUGUGCUCAGGGAGAUGAUAACGUGCAUCUGAACGUCAUGUUGUGUGAGGCGGUGGUGGCCGUGUAUCUAAGUCUGUUGAUUCACGGUCUGGGCACACACUCUGGUAACGAGCUCUUCCGGCUGGCUGCUCACCCCCUCAACAACCGCAUGUGGGCUGCCGUGUUUGGGGGUGGAGCCAAACUUAUCGUUAAACCCAAGCGACCUGAAAUCGCUCCAGCCAUUGUGGAGUCAAACAGACAGACAGAGCUCCAGACUGACAAUAAAUCAGCGGUCCCUCCCCCAACCCCUCCCGCUGAGGAUGUGGACCGGCAGCGGCGCAGGUUUAAUAUGCGAAUGCUGGUUCCGGGACGUCCAGUUAAAGAGACUCCAGCCACCCCUCCGCCAGUCCCAGUGGAGCGGCCCACCUAUAAAGAGAAGUUCAUCCCACCUGAGCUCAGCAUGUGGGACUACUUUGUGGCCAAACCCUUCUUGCCUCUGUCUGACAGUGGGGCUCUGUAUGAUUCAGAUGAGAGCGGUGCUAGUGAUAAUGAGGAUGAUGAUGAUGCCUUCCUCUCUGACACACAGAUGACUGAACACUCUGAUCCAAACUCCUACAGUUGGUCUUUGAUCCGCCUGGUGAUGGUCAAACAUGCCCUGCACAAUGUCAAAAUCUUCCUGCCCCUCACAGGACUGGACUUCACAGAACUGCCGGUUACAUCUCCUCUGGCCAAUGCUGUGUUGAAGACACUGGAAAACUGGGAACAGAUUCUCCUGGACAAGAUGAACAAGUUUGAUGGACCUCCACCUAACUACAUCAACACCUACCCAACGGACCUGAGCGCAGGCGGGGGGCCAGCUAUACUUCGGCACAAAGCCAUGCUGGAACCAGAAAACACACCGUUCAAGUCAAAACAUCGUCUCUCCUUCCCUGCCCGACGUCUGUGGCAUUUCCUCGUCAAACAGGAAGUGCUUCAAGAUAUUUUAAUUCGAUACAUCUUCACCAAAAAGAGGAAGCAGAGUGAGUUUUUAGAUGAUCAUGUGGACCGCCUCAUACAAAACUGCAUUACUGGAUCUCGCAAAAACAAUAAGGUGGAGGCUGAUAUGGGUUACCCAGGAGGCAAAGCCAAAGUCAUACACAAAGAAUCGGACAUCAUCAUGGCUUUUGCUAUUAACAAGGCUAACACUAAUGAAAUAGUGCUGGCGUCCACUCAUGAUGUCCAGGAAGUGGAUGUAUCCACCCUUCUCGCAGCUCAGCCGUACACCUGGAUUGGAGAGGACUGUGACAAGGAGUCUCGCAGUUCUGAUGAUGUGGAUUACCGCUCAUCUCACACUAACAUUGCUCAGGCCAGCGCUGGUCACUUUGCCCCCCAACAAAUGGCAGCAUCCUCCUCUAUGCCCUGGCUGGGCAGCGGGCAGACCAGCUUGGGUGCAAGUGUGAUCAUGAAGAGGAAUCUGAAUAAUGUGAAGAGAAUGACGUCUCAUCCCAUCUAUCAGUACUAUUUGACUGGCGCUCAGGACGGCAGUGUGAGGAUGUUUGAGUGGAAUCGUCCACAGCAGCUCAUCUGUUUCAGACAGGCAGGAAACGCUCGAGUCACACGCCUCUAUUUCAAUUCACAGGGAAACAAGUGUGGUGUUGCAGAUGGCGAGGGCUUUUUGAGCCUCUGGCAAGUCAAUCAAACCUCUUCAAACCCCAAACCAUAUUUGAGCUGGCAGUGUCACAGUAAAAGCUGUGGGGAUUUUGCCUUCAUCACGUCCUCCAGUCUGAUCGCUACAGCAGGACAGUCCAAUGACGGCAGGAAUGUAUGUUUAUGGGACACUCUUAUCUCUCCCAGUAACUCUAUGAUACACGCAUUCCAGUGCCAUGAUAAUGGAGCAACGGUUAUUCAGUACGUUCCUAAGCAGCAGCUGAUCAUCACAGGUGGCAGGAAGGGCUUUGUCUGUGUCUUUGACAUCCGUCAGAGGCAGCUGCUCCACACGUUCCAGGCUCAUGAUUCAGCCAUUAAAGCUCUAGCCAUGGACUCCACUGAGGACUUCUAUGUCACGGGCUCGGCCGAGGGGAACAUGAAGGUGUGGAAGUUAGCCGGUCAUGGCCUCAUGCAUUCCUUCAGCUCCGAGCACGCAAAACAGUCCAUAUUCCGAAACAUUGGCAACGGCGUGAUGAAGAUCGAAACAUGUCCAGGUAACCGGAUCUUCACCUGCGGAGCGGAUGGGACGCUGAAGAUGCGAGUCCUCCCAGACCGUUACAACAUUCCACCCAGUAUAUUCCAGAUACUGUAAGACCGGAGUGGCUGUGGAACACUACUGCUUUCAUUGGCACCUCCAAUUUUCCUUAGCUGUGAAUCGUAAAACCGGUAACAGAUAUCUCGCACUGCAGAAUAUAUUUACCCCGCCCCACAAAAGAAAGAUGCUGGAAAAGGUGCACGAGAUUGCUCGAUACGAACAAUCGACUACUGUCAUUUCUGGAGUCCAACGCUCCGGUGUCGUGUUGGUUGGAGCGCUGUAUGCAUGAGCUGUUUGAGUCAUCGCACUCCAUUCCCAGGUUAUUGGUCGUGCUCUAUGUUCCGUGCUCAAAGCUCCAUUUUUAAGUGUUGAUGUGUGUGUGUGUGUGUGUGUGUGUCCUCAUUUUGUGACCAUUUUAGCAUCUUGAAAUACCAGCACUGUGCUUCUGCUAUCAGUGUCCAGUUUUUGGAUUUACAUUUUUUACUGUAAGUUUUCUCCUUGGCUGCUAAUGUAUUUGCGGAGUGUAAAAUGGCACAGAACCCUGGAGGCCCGGUGGGUCGCCGUGGCCCCAGAGACACACCCCCUUUCCCGGUACCCGUGCAUGCACACGCUGCUGUUUUGACACGCUGGUUUCCAUAGCAGCCGAACGGCUUAACAUUCCACGCGAGACGAUGUUUGUUUCACCUCAGCAUUCUCAUGUUUAACAGAAAACAUUCACUUUAUGCACAAAUAUAUUGGUUUGUUUGUUUGCUUGUUUUUCCUUGGUCUUUUUCUUUAUGAAUACUUUGUAUUUAUAUUUAACUUUAGGAAUGUAUACGUUUAAGAUGUCUGGGACAAAGUGCAACACUGAAUAGGUUUGUUUUAUUUAUUUAGGUACAUAUUUAUUUUUUCUAAAUAUUUGCACUCAGAUCUGAGGAAACAAUCAAGUCUUGCAUUACAAGUGGUGAAAACUCUAUUAGAGGAAACUGUUAUUUACAAAUGAAUGUCUGGCUGCGUGUGGCCAAGUAGUGAAGUGGAAAUAGUUUUAAAUUAAUAUGAUAUAUAUAUAU